AUGAAGCUGGCAAGACCGGUUCCCGUCGAUCAGGAGCGUUAUCCUGAUAUGGUAACUGAUUUUGUUAUGCCAAUUGUUUGUGAUAAUGUCUUAAACUGUGGUCCGGAUGUCGUCAAACGAAACAUCGAAGAACACUUUGACGAUGCACAGCCAACAUUUUAUGAAAACACUUCCGCGUUUGCGAAAAAUUCUUCAUUGCAUGGAUUGAGGUUUGUUGGCGACGAUCGGCUAUCACUAUAUGAAAGAGGAUUUUUCUUCGUAUCCUUCCUAAUUGCUGUGCUCUUCUCGUGCAACUUCAUUUACGAGGUAUACAUGGAGUGGGUUGCAACACCUGUUAUCAUUGGAAUCAAUCCUGACUUGACUUACAUCAAUGAGAUUCCUUUUCCGGCUAUUACAAUUUGCAACAUGAACCAAGCUUUGGCGGGUAAAGUUCAGAACAUCAAGAAUGGCUCCACUGAAUUUGCAAUGUUGCGACUAUUGUGCGGACGAAAGCCACCUAUUAACAGCAAGAAUGUCACCAAGGACUGGCUUUUAUUCCAAAAAUUUAUAGUAGACGUGGCCCAGCCUUGUAGCAAAAUGCUGGUUUCGUGUCGUUAUGGAUCAGAUGAGAUGAAUUGUUCACAUUUGUUUCGAACGGUUGUAACGGAUGAGGGCCUUUGCUGUGCUUUCAACCUAAUAGACACCAAAUUUAUGUACAAAAAUGCCAACAUGAUUGACCAUUUUGCGGCCUUCAAUCCACCGAAUAUAACUGCUGUAGAUUGGUCUCCUGAGGAAGGUUAUGAGCCUAACUUACCUCCAAAUUUCUACCCUCGAUCCGCAGCUGGCGUGGGGAAAAGUAUGGGAUUAAGUCUUGUCCUAGACGCACAAGUUGAUGAGUAUUACUGUUCCUCAACCAAUGGGGUGGGAUUCAAGGCUCUUCUGCACAAUCCAGCUGAAAUUCCUGAUAUUGCAAAUUAUGGCAUUUCAUUGCAAGUUGGUCACGAAGUUGGGGUUACUAUCACGCCUGAUAUAGCAGAUGCAUCAUACUUACUUCGGAACAUGGAGCGAAAGUACCGCCAGUGUAUGUUCUCAAAUGAAGCCCAAUUGAAUUACUACGCCACGUAUACCAGGCGUAAUUGUGAAAUGGAAUGUGAGGCGAAACUUCACAGGGAGCGUUGUGAUUGCGUCCAAUACUACAUGCCCCACAUUGAACCCAAUGCAAACGUUUGUGGUCUAUCCGAUAUGAAAUGUUCAGACUCGGUACGGUACAAGACUCACAAAACAAGCGAGGAAUUAUAUCAGUGCAGCGAAGAGUGCAUUCCAGCUUGUUUUGAGCUGGGGUUCUCAACCAACAUAUAUUCUUCGCGCCUCAGUCAUAAACAGUUUCUUAUCAGUGAUAAGCCGAUCCAAUCUAUGUCCGAGCAGUACGCCGAGGACAAUAUAGUGGCUGUUCAUUUCUACUAUACCGAGAGAGCUUUCAGGAGUCAUACCAAGCAACAGUUCGUUGGAUUCACUGAAUUCCUUUCUGACACUGGAGGCUUGAUGGGUCUAUUUCUUGGAUUCAGCGUUUUAUCCAUAGUGGAAAUUAUCUAUUACAUACUGAUUCGUCCUUACUUCGCCACCCAAAGGUACAACGCAAGUGUCAAAUACAAACGAUUAGUAAGCAAUAGGCAGACUGGUCUACCACCAACUUACCAAGCGAACCUACAGUAUGUUGCCCGGAGGUACAAACGAACCAUUGGAUUUGGCAAGACCCUCUCAAAAUAAAUACGUUUGCUUAUUGAGACUAAGAUAAAAAGUUUUUAAAGUUUGUUGCGCAUAAAAACUUUGUGUCGCCAGAUUUUAAUCAAAAAAUUCCUACAUUUACCUAAGUUUAUUCACUAUCAAUGUGUGAUUAGAUUUGAUAUACAUACAUACACUGAUUAUCACAUUCA